AUGGGAAUGCACCGCAAACGGCAGCGGUAUUUUGACGAAGAAGUUACAACUGAUACAAAGGGAACCACUGCAAGUGAAGUGGCAGGGACUAGUCACGAAUUUGACGAUGAUCUUAAAGGUUUCAAUGCGUGCGAACAAAAGGAGAGUGAGGGUCCAAGCAGUGGGAAGAGGCUCUUUGAGAGGCAGUUUGAAGCUACGUUUGGUUAUCUAAAACAGGCGAAAAGAAGAUCUAAAAAUUCAACGUUUCGAAAAAAAAAACACUACUAUUUGGAGGAGUUUGAUAGUGGAAAACCAGAGGACUUUGAUGACGGGCAAGUUCAUGAGAACGAAAAUUGGAUCAGCGGUCGGAAUGGUGUUUCUAGAGAUGAACUUGGGUAUAGCAGUUUUAACAUUUCGGAAGCUUCGCACAGUUUCCCCGUUGAAUUGGUUGCAUAUUUAAAGAGCAUCGCCGCUACGCUGGUGGACACUGAUUCUCAAGAGGGCAGCUUCAUGAGAAAAAAAAGUUUGGAGGAAUGUGCGGAAAACGAAGUUCAUUUACUUCGUUUCGAGUCAAGUUGUCGAGCUGUUGAAGAGGUUUUCGAUGGGUACCGGCCUGCUGCGGUAUUCACGAGGUGGACAAAAUUUCUAGUCGAUUCAUGGGAAAGUUUGGUUUGUGACUGUAACGCAAGUCAUUUUAUUCGUUCGAUAGUUCGCAUUAUUGUUGGAUUACCGAGAAGGGGAUCUCUGGACGACACUGUGGUUCCAGAUGAUCCAGUUUCAAGGAGAGAAGUUGUAAAGAGGUUUCAUGCUAAUAGCUCGGUGAAAUGUUGCUUUGAGUCUUUCGCUAAUGCUGCUCUUGACUUUCUUGGGAUGAAAGAGAAGAUGGACAUUGACGUUGUCUCGUUACUUCUACAAGAAAUUGUUGAGUAUGACUGGUUGGUGAAAAAUGAUAAAAGACAAAAUUUUUUUAUGGAAAGUCUUGAAGAGCCGAAUACGAUUGUUCGACAAUGGAAAUUAAAAUAUGCUUCUCAUUUUUGGGAGAUUGACGAGGAUGCUAGGCAAUUGUUAUAUCAUAGAGUAGUCGGCAGACAUUUAGGGGAACUCGUUCAGCAUCCGUUUGCAAGUUAUGUGGUUAGUGCCCUUAUUGGAUCUGCAAAGUCUGAAGAACUGAUUACUGAUUUGUUCGAUGAGCUUUGGGAAACCAUUCCGGACCUCUGUGAUAAUGGAAAGUGGCAAAGUAUAAUUGGUUUGAUAAACGCUAGCGUUAUUUAUGAAGAGAAACAAAAAGGUCUGGUUAAGAAAAUACGACAGUGCUUUUUUUGUGCCAAAAAGUCUCAGAGGAGUAUUUUUAUCCCGAUGGUUUUUACUAUGCGGUUGGCAAAAAUAGAGCAAGACGACAAAGGAAAAAUCAGUUUUAGUUUGAAGUUUGGGGAUCGUUACGGGUCACUGAUCUUACAGAAUCUGUUUAAAUUAAAGCAGAAUACUGCUCUGAUUACUUCAUUGAAGAGCAUUUCGGAAAAAACCCUUGUUGAUCUUGCAAUGGACGAAAAAGGGACGUUUGUACUACAAGCGUUUCUCCAAUCUCCUCAACCUCACUAUUCCAAGCUAAUGGGCGAUAGAAUUGGCAGUCAUGUCUUUGAUGGGCUGUGGGAUAGCGGGGCAUGGUCAGUGGGUACAAAACGUGAUAUAAUGUCAAAAUUAUGUGUGGAGAAAAGCGAAGGGAAAACUAUGCGAUGGCGCAAAAUUGUGACAAAGCUAAAUGUUCGUGGUUUCCAGGAGAAUCGCAAUCACUGGGUUAGGGCUGAAGAGUCGAGGAUUAGGAAACUGUUAGCAAAAAAAGUAGGGUGA